AUGGACGGUGGCGGUGGGGCCGGGGCGUCGGAGGAGGGCGAGGACGAGGAGGAGGAGCGAGAGGGCUGCAUGGCGGCCUUGCAGGGGUCCAGACUGCCCCCCAUCACGGGCUGCGCCUUAGAACUGACCAAACGGAAGGUGAAGAAGAAAAAGAAGAAAAAGACCAAGGGGUCGGGCAAGAAGGACGAUAAACAUCAGAGUCGAGGCCUGAAGACUCAGCAGCUGUCGGCAUCCUUCCAUGACAUCUUAAGUCCCAGCAAAAAUCGUGGCCCAGUGCCAGAGCACAGACAGGCCGGGGAUGAAAGCAAGCUCAACCCCUCUUACUCCUCCACCAGAAGUCUCCCCCACUUUACCGAAAUAGAAGAGACCCUUUCCAACCAGAUCAACGAAAGUCUGCGCUGGGAUGGCGUUCUCGCCGACCCAGAGGCAGAAAAGGAAAGGAUUCGCAUUUACAAGCUGAACCGCAGGAAGCGGUACCGGGUCUGGGCCCUGAAGGGCUUUCACUUUGACCCCGGUGCCGAGGAGACCCCCGAGAACCCAGCCUACCUCUCCGACCAGGACGGCAGCAGCAGCAGCCGGCAGCCCUCGCUGACAACCGAGCGCUCCAAUCACUGCUUCGAAGGAAACCUUAUCCCCAAGCUCCUCCACUCUGAUUUAGCUACUGCUCUGCCUGAGUGAAAGCCCACCCGUGGCACGGACCAGCUUA